ACGACCAUCGUCGUCUCCGCGAGUUCUUCUCUGCGUUUAAGCCAUAGAAAAGAAAAAAAAAAGUGUCUCCUUUUAUCAUUCCCUCUUUUCUCUUUAAUAGGUGUGAUCCUCUUCAAGGGGAUUUCUCUGGCUGGUCAUACAUUCGCACCGAUCAAACUCGGAUUGGUCUUUCUUAACGCAAUCCUGUCGCGAUUCAAAAACGAUUCUGGGUUUGUUAGUGAAUAGACAAGAAAAAAAGAUGGGAGCUCCGUUAGUGUGCCACGGGCAUUCUCGUCCCGUCGUCGAUGUGGCUUAUAGUCCGGUGACUCCAGAUGGGUUCUUCCUCAUUAGCGCCAGCAAAGAUUCGAAUCCGAUGUUGAGGAAUGGGGAGACUGGUGACUGGAUUGGAACUUUUGAAGGACAUAAGGGAGCAGUUUGGAGUUGCAGCCUUGAUAAAAAUGCUAUUCGUGCUGCCUCAGCUUCUGCAGAUUUCACUGCGAAAAUAUGGAAUGCAUUGACAGGAGAUGAAUUGCACUCCUUUGAACACAAGCACAUUGUUCGUGCAUGUGCCUUUUCUGAGGACACUCACUGUUUACUCACUGGUGGAAUGGAGAAAAUACUUCGGAUAUUCGAUUUGAAUCGUCCAGACGCACCUCCAAAAGAAGUCGGAAAUUCCCCUGGUUCAAUUAGAACCGUUGAAUGGCUUCAUAGUGAUAAUACAAUCUUAAGCUCUUGCACAGAUACCGGUGACAUUAGGUUAUGGGACAUAAGAAGUGACAAGAUUGUUCAUACAUUAGAAACAAAAUCCCCAGUUACUAGUGCUGAAGUAAGUCAGGAUGGGCGAUACAUCACUACUGCUGAUGGAUCUAGUGUUAAGUUUUGGGACGCUAAAAAUUUUGGAUUGCUGAAGAGCUAUGACAUGCCUUGCAAUGUUGAAUCGGCAUCUUUGGAACCGAAACACGGCAACACUUUCAUUGCUGGGGGAGAAGAUAUGUGGGUGCAUAGGUUUGAUUUCCAGACUGGAGAGGAGAUUGGGUGUAACAAGGGUCACCACGGGCCAGUGCACUGCGUGAGGUAUGCGCCAGGAGGGGAGUCAUACACGUCAGGCUCAGAAGACGGAACAGUCAGAAUAUGGGUGGUGGGUUCGGUGAACCAUCAUGAGGAGAGCAAUCCAAGCGGUCACGUGAAGCUUGUGGCAGAGGAGGUUGUGCGUAAAGCGGAAAGUCUGCGUAUCAAUGAAAAAGCCGCAGAAGCUAAAUGAAACAUCAUCGUUAGCUUAUGAUAUCACAUAGAUUCAUAGUUUGUUUUUUUGCAUCAUCACAAGAUGUGACAAAGGGUUUUGCCUUUUAAAAGUCUCUCAAGACGGAAUAAAACGAACAUAAAUAAUAUCUUCAACUAUAUUUGAGUGAAUCUAAUCCAAAGUUUGACAAGAAA